CGAGCCCAGAAAAACGACAACGCGAGAAAAAUUAGUAUUUUUGCACUUCACAAAUUAAUGACCAUGAGCUCGUUUUUGAUAAACUCCAACUACAUCGAGCCCAAGUUCCCUCCCUUCGAGGAGUACGCGCAGCACAGCGGCCCUGGCGGCGGAGACGGCGGCCCGGGCGGGGGCCCCGGCUACCAGCAGCCCCCCGCGCCCGCAGCCCAGCACCUGCCCGCGCAGCAGCCCCCGCUCCCCCACGCGGGGGGCAGCCGCGAGCCCGCCUCCUACUACACCCCGCGGGCGGCUCGCGAGCCCGCCUACCCCGCGGCCGCGCUCUACCCCGCGCCCGGGGCCGCCGAGGCCGCCUACCCCUAUGGCUACCGCGGCGGCGCCAGCCCCGGGCGGCCCCCGCUGCCCGAGCAGCCCCCGGCGCACGCCAAGGGCCCCGCGCACGGCCUGCACGCGAGCCACGUCCCGCCGCCCGGCCGGCAGCCCCCGCAGCACCGCGCGGCCCCCGCGCCCCCGCUGCGCUGCGAGGCGGCCCCCGCCACCCCGGGCGUCCCGGCAGGGGGCAGCGCCCCCGCGUGCUCGCUGCUCCUGGCCGGCAGGAGCUCGCCCGGCCUGAAGGGCAAGGAGCCCGUGGUGUAUCCCUGGAUGAAGAAGAUCCAUGUCAGCGCCGUCAACCCCAGUUAUAACGGAGGGGAGCCCAAGCGCUCUCGAACCGCCUACACCCGGCAGCAGGUUUUGGAGCUGGAGAAGGAGUUCCACUUUAACCGCUACCUGACCCGGCGGCGCCGCAUCGAGAUCGCCCACACGCUCUGCUUGUCUGAGCGCCAGGUCAAGAUCUGGUUUCAGAACCGAAGGAUGAAGUGGAAGAAAGACCACAAACUGCCCAACACUAAGAUGCGAUCCUCCAACUCCGCCUCGGCCUCUGCAGGCCCACCAGGGAAAGCACAAACGCAGAGCCCGCACCCCCACCCCCACCCCCACCCCCACCCCGGGGCCUCCACACCCAUUCCCUCCUCCAUAUAGUCUAAACUCUAGACCAGUUCUUUCCCUCACCUGUUUUUCUCCUCUCUCCUCCUGCCCCUUUUCCCAUCCACCCCUCCUGUCUGGACCAUAACAGGCCCCAAAGCAAAACCUAGCUUGGUUAAAGGGAUAAUAAAAAAGAAGACAUUAUCCUGGUAAGAGUGUGUGCUGGUUGCCACCCAAGGGAGGACAGUGGCCAGGAUGCUGGCUGGUGGAACAACCUGCUGAUCUGAACAAGACUUCCAGGUUUGGGUACCUGAGAAGGGACGCUUGGCAGCAAAAAUACUUUUGAGGUGGCUGAAGUCAGCGGGGCAACCAGUGCGGACUAGGGACAUGUUCAUAUAGAUUUGUGGCAAGCAGAAGAAAACAACAGACCCUUCCUCACCUUCCUUACCGCCCCUUCUUCCCCAUUAAGGCAGCUCAUACAAGCUUGUAUUGAACUGAAUAAAAUGGGUAGACAUUGUGGACCUCGCAAGAUUAUUUAAUUCUCAAAAUGUAUAGACCUUGAUAGUAGGUGUGACACAUUAGUUUCCUUUUCUUGCAUUUAUUUAAAAUAUUGUUGUAGAGAUACUAUCUUACUCUGAGGCACAAUCUCCGGGGAGAAGGGAGUGCGUUUAGACCCAUAUGUGACUGUAAAAAUUGUGGUGUGGCUAUAUAGAAAGCCAUGUGCUAAGAAUAAACUCUGUUUCAAAAAGCAUUAAAGUUCUAAGACACAUUUGUGUGUUUCCUACUUUUAAUUUUUUUACAAAAAGUUCUCUGGAUUGAGGUGCUUGACCUUGCAUAUAAAAAUCUUGUAGAUGAUGGCUUGAGUUGUGUUCUUGACUUGACUUGGAUUCUGACUGCUCACAUAAUUUGUGUGAGUGUGUUCAACUUCAGCUGAACUCUUGUCAAGUUUGACCUACUGUGGGAAAAGUUCCAAGGAGCAGGAAGACUCUUGAGCUCUGAGAGAGCGCCUCUUCUUCCCAAACUUGGCCAGGCUUUCAGGCUUCAGCUCUCUGUAAGGCAUAGAAACGUGUCCUUCCCUGCAAUGAAAGGUGAAACCCUGCGGUGCUGUGGGCCCAGGAGUUUCUGCAGCUGUUCUCCAUGCUGAACUCUGAGCACACUUGGAAAGAAAUGGUCCCUUUGGUAUUUAUUGCACCUUCACACUUAAUCUGCCUGUUUCCCUGGAGAUAAAAAAUAGUUUUUGCAAAGAGUUGAGAUUGCUUUUCAUUUCUUAGCUAUUUUUAAGGUCCUCUUCGCUAACUACAGCUUGGGAAGUUUUGUUUGUUUGCCUGUUUGUUCCCUUCCCUCCUUACGUCUUUCUUCCUUUUUGAAAAAUAGGCUAAAUAUCCUAGUUCACCCUCCAAAGUUUCUUCCGAGGAAAGGAAAAGCAUAACACCACAAAAUGCACCUUUAAGCGAGGUAGAUCUGGGAGUCUUUGCUGCUGGAGGAAAAGUCAAACUCUGAAGGAGGACCAAUUUCCUCAGAUGUUCUCAGAUCUUCUUGCCCCAAAGAGAGACCUAGAUUCAAAAGAUUGAAAAAGUCAAAACCAUUUCUCAGUCUCCACAACCUGGUAUUUGUUUACUGAUUAACAAAUCGGUAAAGAGGAUUUUAGGCUUGGUUGCCAGUACUCUGCAGCAAGAUAUAGAAAACCAGUGCACACCAGCUUCAGAAUACUAGAGCUGCCACCUGGCUUGAAUGAGUGCAGUUUUCACUUCAUAGAAUAAUUUUAGCAGAGAUGGGAGGGGGUGCUCACCUACCUCUGCAAUGUCAGAGGACUGUUAAGCACAUUUUCCCAUCAGUAGCAAACCCUUAAUCAAUGGUCAAUGCUGUUCUCCUUUUGCCUCUGCAGGCAAAGGUGGUCAGCUCACCUAGGAACAAACCAGUUCUGAGAGGAAAGUGAUUGACACCUGUCUCUGAGGGGCCUCCAAGAAAGUACAGGGGCAAACAAGCACACAUCUUCCCAAGUCAGGGCAAACUUGGCAUAAGGUGCAUUUUGCAAGGUAUGAAUGGCUGCCAGGGAUUUCUGGAAGCAUUGUAACUUCUGCUGAGACUUAUUAACCCUCCUCCUACUACACGCACUUGUAAAACGAAAUUAAAUCAUGCUGAAAAUAGCAAUUUUCCCAGGAAUCAUUAAUCACCUCAUGCAAUAAAUACUUCUUUGUAAUUCAACAGCAAUUCU